UCACAUUUAAGAUUUCAAAUUUGUAACUGGAUGAUAGACUUUAGACUUUGGGUAAAGUUGAAAAUUUAUCGUAUCCCAUUUCCAAAAAAUCAGCAAUUCAAACAUCAAAUAUAAUAAUGAUAUACGUCCCAAAUACUAAAUCAAACAGAUAUAUUAGAAUGAUUGAUCUCAUGCGAAAUCUCAUUCAAAAUCCAAGAUGAAUGAUAUUGAAUUCGAAUUCGAAUUCGAUUCCAAGACGCGAACUAAAUGCCCGCGAUCAUAGGAUAAGAAGGGAUCCCCCAUUCAAAAAUUUUCCCAGGGGUAACAAAAAAGUAAAAUAAAAAUAAAAUAAGAAUUCGUUACCUAAGAUUUUUUUCCAAUAAUAAACUAUAAAUUAUCCUCUCAGACUAUUUGGGGGUGAGUUGAUUGCUUGACAACUAAGAGGUGAUGAAUUGUGCAGGGCAAUUAUUGCAUCUGUUGGAGUUGUUUGAAUUUUGACUCGGCAAAAUAGGCUUUGUGGUUCAGAAAGUAAAAUAUUUUUCUUUUUAAUAUUCAAUACAAAAAAAAAAAAAGAUUACUAUUUUCAGAAGUAAGUGUGAAAAAUUGAUCUCCUGCUUAAAUAAUCACAAAUGCUUAUGUUACAUUCGUUUGAGAGCGUAACCGGUAAAGAUUACUUACUUGGACUCGUAUGAUGCUAUAAUCUUUGGGGGCAUAUGAAUGAUGUUUUAGAGCUUUGUAUCUCAAGAACCAUUCAUUUUGAUGUUGGGGUUCUUCAGUGCAUUGAACAAACUGGAACACAAGUUAGCAAUAGUGUUGCAAGAGGAGACUAGAUUAGGAGACAACUCAGGGUCACUUGAGCUGUGGGAGCAGAGGCAAAAAAUGCUUUACUAAUAGUUUCUGUUCAGUUUCUGGAAAAAGAGCCUAAAUUGGAAAUGAGCUGAGCACCCAAAGUCAGUCAAAUCCUAUGAUAAUGCUAACGUUUUCAGAGCGUAAUAUUUCAUGUGUUACACUAUGACUCAAAGCAUCAAACAACUGCAAGAGUACAUAACAUUUACUGGUUCAUUGGUUGAUAGUAACAUUUCCAUCGAAAAAGAAAGAUCAAAUCUAUAAUGGCAAGACCUGGCAACAAGAUCAUCCAUGCCAAGAUGGUACUAGUCGGGGACAUGGGAACUGGAAAAACCAGCUUGGUCCUGAGAUUUGUAAAAGGUCAAUUUUUUCAGCACCAGGAACCCACUGUUGGUGCUGCUUUCUUUACUCAGAUAUUGUCUUUGCCUGAGGCCACUUUGAAAUUUGAUAUAUGGGACACUGCUGGACAGGAAAGAUACCAUAGCUUAGCUCCAAUGUAUUACCGGGGUGCGGCAGCAGCCAUUGUUGUCUAUGACAUCACAAGCAUGGACACCUUUUUACGUGCAAAAAAGUGGGUCGAAGAAUUAAAAAGACAAGGUAAUCCGAAUCUCGUGAUGGCUUUGGUGGCAAAUAAACAAGAUUUGGAACCCAAUAGGGAGGUCAACUUUGAGGAAGGCGAGCAAUUCUCAGAAGAAAAUGGGAUGUUCUUCACAGAAACAUCAGCAAAAACUGCCCUUAAUAUCAACGAGCUCUUUUAUGAAAUGGCAAAAAAAUUGGCAAAAGCUGCGCCAUUGCAGCCAACAGGAAUACGUCUGCAAAGCAACACACAGAGUCGGAGAGCCUUUUUUUGUUGCUCCCGGUAACAUUUAUUUUGUUUCUGCUGUCAUGAGGAGCAAUCUAUUUCAACCCCUUGCUUUUGAAUAUUGAAAGCUGUUGAUCGAUGUAUUGAAGAGCCAUGCCAAAACUCGGCAUUGUUGACUGAUAAGACUUUAAUUUUGAUACAUUAUCUGAUUUUUGUUUGGUGAUGAUGAA